GCCCGGCUGGGGCUCGCCUGCUAUGCUCGCUCUCUCAGCCCUCUCUACCUCUUUCCUAGUCCCCGCGCUGCGCGCCAGCCCGCCGCUCUCCUCGCUUCCAGCGCAGUCCGCCGGCCUGUCGCCCGCGCCGCCCGCUGUCGUUGCAGAGGCGGCUCGCCGCGGCGGUGGUGUGGUGCGGAUGGAGGAGACGGAGGGGCCAAGCGAGACGCUACAGGCGCUCGGCGUGGCCGGCGGCCUGACGGCCUUCUGCUUUGCCUUCUUCUACGCGCUGACGAGCGCCGGCGUCGACGAUGUGGUCGCCGGCAACCUCUUGCUCGUUGCGCUUGCCGCUGCGGGCGCCGGCCUCUUCUUCUUCGACGGCGGCGCGACGCAGGCCGCCCUCGAGGCGAGCGCGGUGCAGCAGGUUGCAAACGAGGAGGGCGAUCUCAUGGAGCAGGCGCCGCUGCUUCCGCCCGCGAGCUUGCCCGCGGCGGCGGUCGCCACUUCCACAGCGGCGGCGGCAGCCUCGCUCGAGUCGGAGGGUGUGCUCUUCGUCGACGGACUGCUCGAGGCGUCGGAGGCUGCGCGGCUCCGCAGCCACGUCGAGGAGUGGCUGGAGACGGCGAAGACAGAGGCGGCCGACGACACCGCUCCGGAGCAGCGCUUUGGAGGCGUCCUCUCCCGCGCGAGCAGGUAUGACCUCUACCUCCCGCUCGACCCGCCCGUCGCCUCCGCUCUCGAGGCUUGCGCUGCCCAGCUCGCGCCGCUGCUCGAGGAGGAGGCGCUCGGCAAGAGGAGUGUAGGGCGCGUCGUUGAUCAGUGUGCGGCCCUGGUGCUCGGCGAGGAUCCGGAGCUGUUCGAGCUCUCUGCCCUCAUCUCCGACCGCGGCGCCCCGCGCCAGCCCGUCCACCCAGACACGGGCUUCACGCCGCAGACGGCGCUGCUGACCGCCUUUGUCGCGCUGCAAGAGGUGACGCCCGACCUCGGCCCGACCUUCUUCCUCGCGGGCACACACACGCGCGCCGCGCACGAGCGGUUCAACGGCGAGCCCGGCGAGAAGCUGCAGCUGCUCCGCUCCUCCCCGCGCCGCAUCGGCACCCUCCCGGCCGGCGCAGCGACCCUCUUCGACUCGCGGCUGCUGCAUGGCGGCGGAGAGAACGCGCAGGGCCGGCGCGUGCUCUUCUACUUCACAUUCAAGGCGCGCGAGUCACCGCGCCUCCCCAAGGGCUCGCUCCUCGCUUCGCUGCGCUACCGCCAUUCGCUGCGAUCCCUCCUCGGCGCGCCGGCCGCGGCCGCGUGAGGACUGCACGCCCCGUCGGGAGGUAUAUUGACAUAGCACGCAGCUAGGGUCCCUUGCGAGCCCGGGGUUGUCUCUCAUAUCUAUCAAAGUCCGCGGGCAGCACUGCGGGUAGUCGUUGAUAUUUAUCGAGUGCAAG